GAAAAAUACUGUUUCACGACCGAGCGUAUCGGGGUGAUUCUUCGAACACCGAAGUCAUCGUCAUUACCGUGAACGCAAAAAUAUUAUAUAAUCUUUUGUCUUUUUUCAAAUAUUCAGUUUUAAGAACUUAUGUAUGUCGCCAACGUAUAAAUACCAAAGAUUGUAGGAUAGAUUUGCGUUAACGAUAAAUAAAUUGACCAUUGGUGUUUGGAGAUUUACGCACGGGAUUUCACGGGAACAUGAUGAAAAAAAAAAUUACGUACCUAGAUAUAUUUUUAAAACUUUACAAUGAAGUGUCUUAAUAAAAGAGCGGGAAAUAUAGAAAAUUUAAAAACAGUUUUGAGUUUAUGAACAAAAUGGCGGGAGUGCAAAAAAUACGACUGAAUAAUUUAAAUAUCAACAUAAAAAAUGCUAUUAUCGUAGGAAUAAUUAUCGCAAAAAAUAGUCCUCGGACAUUUGGAUCCAAGAAGAAGAAUGGUGAUACAAGAGGAGUAACAUCUUUUACCGUGAGAGAUUCACAAGUAGACACAAUAAAUGUCGAUGUUUGGGGAUCGGAAUACUUCGUUAUUACUUUUUAUGAAAGGUUUCUGGUAGGGGAUGUUGUUGAAAUUUCUUCCCCUAAAAUAUGUGUGAAAGGAAGCGAAAACGAGAAUUUCAGACCUCAGGUCACGUCUCCAUUUUAUCUGUCGCUAAACGAGGGUAUGUCUGACGUCACUAUUCAUACUGGAGAUUCGUUCAGCAUGUUCUUGCCGCUCCUCCACAUCCCGAGUAAACCCGCGGCGGGCUACUGCGGCCUUGCUGAAGUUCUCAAACUUCCAGAAGAGAGCGGAAACAUUUUCGUCGAUUUGUUGGUGGUGGUGAAAACUGUAAAACCCGCUAAGACUAUAAAAACAAAAGCAGGAACAGAUAUGACAGUGCGCUGUGUGGAAAUCAUGGAUAAUACAACUCCCGCGCCUCUUAAUUUAGAUAUGUUUGACAUCGACACCAUUCAAAGGGCCGAAGACUGGCGUCCGUUAGAGAGUGUUCUUUUCAUCGCGGACGCAAAGGUUUCCUGGCGUGGUAGAGCGGUGAAAGUACAAGUUUCUGCGAGAACCGUCAUCACACAUCAGCCCCACACAGCCGAUGCAGAAGCGUUGCGACUCUACACUCGCAACCAGGCUAAUACACGCGGAGGCGAAGCGGCUGCGUGGGCGGCUUGGAGUGGCGAGCGUGCCUCCGCCGCGUCUGUCGCUCAAAUUCGCGACCGCCUGGCCACCGGAUCUCCCUUCUGCGCCUCGCUACACGCUUUACUUACCCACCUCGACCUUGAUGAACUAGUUAGCUUGACCGACAACAACGAAGAAUUGAAGGUACGCUUUGCGGAUCACACUGGGGAACUAAACGCUCGCCUUCCAGUUAAUGUUCUAGAAGAUGCUUUGGGGUGCCCUGCAAAUCAGUUAAAGGGGAUGGUGGCUGACGACAGGGCUGCUCUUCGCUGGAGGAUACUGUUAGAGCAAUGCAGCGUUAAACUUGCCGGGUCUUCCUCGCGGCUCCUCGUGUUGGCCAUACGACGGGCGUCACCAGCUGACCCUAUACCUUUGUACUAAAUAAUUGUAUAAUACCAAUUUAUCCGUA